AUGAUCCUAGGCAAUUCAGUCGAUGCACGGAUUUAUGGGCUCCUGGCAGCUGCCUCUGGGCUCGCGAUACUUCUUACACAGCUCUUACCUCGAUUUCAAGGUAAUUCUGAAAUUGGUGGUCAACUCGGUGGUAAACUCGGAGUUGGAGCAUUUUCCGUAUGGCCAAUUAUGGGAAUUACCUUUAGAUUUGAUGGAACAGGAAGGGAAUCCUUAGAGCAGGAGCAAGACAGACAGGCUGUCGAUUGUUCUUUGAAUAUUUAUACACGAUUAUGGAAUUCAGGAGACGAGCUCGAUUGA